GUUUCACGGGUAAGCUCAUGGCAGUAACAGUGGUGAUAGUCCAUGAACGGUCAUGGACUCACAGAAAACGUCUCAUCCAUCACCAACUGCAACAGGCACUGGAGCCCAGAUAACACAGUGAAACUGGCCGUUACACUUCACACCGAUUUAGGAGACAUCAAAAUCGAAAUAUUCUGUGAACGCGCACCGAAAACAUGCGAGAACUUCCUCGCCCUGUGUGCCAGCGGCUUCUACAAAGGAUGCAUCUUCCACCGAAACAUUAAAGGCUUCAUGGUGCAAACGGGAGACCCGACAGGCACUGGUAAAGGAGGAACAAGCAUAUGGGGGCGCAAAUUUGAAGAUGAGUUCAGCGAACAUUUAAAACAUAAUGUGAGAGGAGUGGUCUCCAUGGCAAACAAUGGUCCAAACACAAACGGCUCCCAGUUUUUCUUCACCUACGCCAAACAGCCUCAUUUGGACAUGAAAUAUACCGUCUUUGGAAAAAUUAUUGAUGGCUUGGAAGCACUGGAUGAACUGGAGAAACUCCCUGUGCAUGAGAAGACGUUCCGACCGUUGACCGAAACUCACAUUAAAGACGUCACCAUUCACGCCAACCCUUUUGCUGGUUAGAAAAUGUCAUCGUAAUGCCCAAAUGCUUUUGUCGGUGUGUUAAAAAAAAUCUCAAAAGUGUUAAUUGUGAGGAUUACAUUGUUUAGAAAAGAACAAAGUAAAUCAAUUCAAUAGUAAAUUUUUUUUACCACCGAUAUUUCUCACUUCAUUGCUCAAAUUCAACACAGAUAGGAUCCGUGUUUCAUAACUUUCCAUUGAGCAUGUGUCUUCUACCACUUGGCCUUUAUCCGCUUAUAAUGCACUUGUUCAAUGUUUGUUAUUAAAAAAAAAAAUUCCUGAGAUCCACC